GGCCCAAGUGCCAGGUGGGUGGCGGGUUACGGGGACAGGGCUGGCUAGGGGACGAGUGGGCGGAUCCGGAAGAGCCGGCCUCGGUCCUGGUGACCCGCUGACCCUUCCCCCUCCGAGCGAUGGGCGUGCAACCCCCCAACUUCUCCUGGGUGCUCCCGGGCCGGCUGGCGGGGCUGGCGCUGCCGCGGCUCCCCGCCCACUACCAGUUCCUGUCGGACCUGGGCGUGCGGCACCUGGUGUCCCUGACGGAGCGCGGGCCCCCACACAGCGAUAGCUGCCCCGGCCUCACUCUGCACCGACUGCGCAUCCCAGACUUCUGCCCGCCGGCCCCCGACCAGAUCGACCGCUUCGUGCAGAUCGUGGACGAGGCCAACGCCCGGGGAGAGGCCGUCGGAGUGCAUUGUGCUCUGGGCUUUGGCCGCACUGGCACCAUGCUGGCCUGUUACCUGGUGAAGGAGCGGGGCUUGGCUGCAGGAGAUGCCAUUGCUGAGAUCCGGCGCCUUCGACCCGGCUCCAUUGAGACCUACGAGCAGGAGAAAGCAGUUUUCCAGUUCUACCAGAGAACUAAAUAAGGGGCCCCAGCACCUUCUUCCAGGCCACCACUCUCCUGCCCUGUGUGGUAGAUGCGACUGGAGGUGAAGGGAAGUGGACUAAGGUAUUAAACCCUCCAUCUCCCGCUGGCUCAAAAACUGAAAUAUCCCUCACCUGCAGGCAGGUUCUGAUUGAAAGGAUGGCUGGGGCUGCAUUGAAGUAGGGGAGGGGUGUGUCCCUGUACUGCUUCGUGGAAUAAAUAAUUUUUAAGAACCA